AGAGCGGGCUGUCUGCGGAAUCACGGGCGGCUGAGUUGGGACCAGCGGACUGCGUCCCUUAAAGGAGAGAGUGCUCUUCUACCCGAGCCUCUGGGCGCUGUUAAAAGGAGCCCUGGGCUUCCCUGGUGGCGCAGAGGUUGAGAAUCUGCCUGCCAAUGCAAGGGAUACGGGUUCGAGCCCUGGUCUGGGGAGAUCCCACAUGCCGCGGAGCAACUGUGCCCGUGAGCCACAAUUACUGAGCCUGCGCAUCUGGAGCCUGUGCUCCGCAACAACAGAGGCCGCGAUAGUGAGAGGCUUGCGCACCACGAUGAAGAGUGACCCCCGCUUGCCACAACUAGAGAAAGCCCAUGCACAGAAACGAAGACCCAACACAGCCAUAAAUAAAUAAAUAAAUACAUUAAAAAAAAAAAAAAAAAGAGCCCUGGCUAGGGGCCAGAGGCGUGUACGACCCUGGGCAGCCUCUGCUUCUUUCCGGGAGUCAGUCUUGCCAUCUUCACGAUGAAGUUGGCGCGGCGAGGGGUAACCCUAUGGGGAAACGAAGGGGCAGACGCUGGGAUCGGCUCCCGAAAAUGGAAGUGGAGAAAGGCGCGGAGAAAACCCUGGGCGUGGCGGUCUCUGCGGAAAUGCUGCAACUAAAGGGCCGCCUCCCAGCCCUCGGAGACCGCAGGUCCCGCCCCCGCCCAGCCGGCCGCUCCCCAUAGAUCGAAGUCGCGCCGCACCCUCUGCCUGCCUCUCUGCAAACCCGGCCGGCCGCGCCUUUGGGUCGAGUACAGUCUGCUCUCCGUGGAUGCGCGCUCCGCCCGCCGACUGACAUAUCUGCCAGUACUUGAUUGUUCUCCCUGCGGCCCGGACACAUAGUAUGACCAUUAGGUGUUUCAUCUCCCAGCCAUUUUCUAUGGAAAACCAAAGGGAUCAGGCCAUGAUAGCCACUGGCAGCUUUGAAGAAUGGGAUGCCUUUAGAGAAGCUUGAUCUUGAAGGCCUCAGCGUGCGAUCUAACAGAGCCAGAUUCCAGCAGAGUUCCUCUGUCUCGUCUUGUUGCUGAUUGAAGGUGCCCCCUUCUUUUUUCUUCAUCUCCUGGGAGGUAGCAGGAAUUGGCAUUAUGGUUGGGUUCAAGGCCACAGAUGUGCCCCCUACUGCCACUGUGAAGUUCCUGGGGGCUGGCACAGCUGCCUGCAUUGCAGAUCUCAUCACCUUUCCCCUGGAUACUGCUAAAGUCCGGCUGCAGAUCCAAGGAGAAAGGCAGGGGCCAGUGCAGGCUGCGGCCAGUGCCCAGUACCGCGGGGUGCUGGGCACCAUCCUGACCAUGGUGCGCACCGAGGGCCCCCGCAGCCUCUACAAAGGGCUGGUCGCCGGCCUGCAGCGCCAGAUGAGCUUUGCCUCCAUCCGCAUCGGCCUCUACGACUCUGUCAAGCAGUUCUACACCAAGGGCUCUGAGCAUGCCGGCAUCGGGAGCCACCUCCUGGCAGGCAGCACCACAGGUGCCUUGGCUGUGGCCGUGGCCCAGCCAACAGAUGUGGUAAAGGUCCGAUUCCAGGCGCACGCCCAGGCUGGAGGUGGCCGGAGGUACCAAAGCACCAUUGAGGCCUACAAGACCAUUGCCCGAGAGGAAGGGUUUCGGGGACUCUGGAAAGGGACCUCUCCCAAUGUCGCUCGUAAUGCUGUUGUCAACUGUGCUGAGCUGGUGACCUACGACCUCAUCAAGGACACUCUCCUGAAGGCCAACCUAAUGACUGAUGACCUCCCUUGCCACUUCACUUCCGCUUUCGGGGCGGGCUUCUGCACCACCAUCAUCUCCUCCCCUGUCGACGUGGUCAAGACGAGAUACAUGAACUCUGCCCUAUGCCAGUACCGCAGUGCUGGCCACUGCGCCCUCACCAUGCUCCAGAAGGAGGGUCCCCAAGCCUUCUACAAAGGGUUCAUGCCCUCCUUUCUCCGAUUGGGUUCCUGGAAUGUGGUGAUGUUCGUCACCUAUGAACAGCUAAAACGGGCCCUCGUGGCUGCCUGUGCUUCCCGGGAUGCUCCCUUUUGAGCCUCCCCUGCUGAUCACCUCUGGCUUUGGCUGCAGCCUGGACCUGCUUCCCUUUUCCUCCUCCCCUCAUUCCCUUCCCUCUCUCCCCACCCCUUCCUUCUGCUCCCUUUCCCACCACCUCCCUUCCCUCUCCCCACAUUUUCACCCCUCAGCUCCCCGUUUCCUCUCACAGUCCUGAUGGAGUUGACCCCAGCUGACACUGUGGGAAGCCUGGACAAGCCAGCAUCUCAAGCCCUCAGUCCCUUGAGAAGUUCAGCCUGACUCUUCGUCCUGCCUCCUGCCCCUGAGCCCGACUAGCACGUCACCCAUAAAACAAGCUCAACCUUG